CGAUGUUUGACCACUGUUCUCCACCUUGUAGUUUCGUAAACAAAAGUUGUGCAUAUCAUCAAUGACGAUUGAAAAAAUGCUAUGGCCUCCUCAGGAUCGCAUAAUGGGGAUGCUGAGACGGAAAGUGAUAAGUUUGAAGGGUCAAAGAUCGAUCGACAUGGUUUUCUUCACGAUUCCAACUGUAGCACAGAUAGUCUCGGAAAACAAGGAAUACCGCCCGAGGUAAUGUUAAGAAGAGAACGGAAAUGGAUACAGAUGUUAAACAACUGGAGCUAUUUCAUGAACGCGAAUUAUCGCAAAGUCAGGGAAAGGUGUAGAAAGGGUAUACCACCAUCAGUGAGGCUUCGUGCUUGGUUAAAUCUCUGUGGGGGUCAGCUCUUGAUGGAUACAAAUCCAAAUUUAUUUGAAGAACUGGUAGAACGAUCCGGUGACCCAAAAUACAUAGAUGACAUUAAAAAGGAUCUUCAUAGACAAUUUCCUCACCAUAUAAUGUUUAUCGGCGAGGCUCCCGGACAGGAAGAAUUAUUCAAAGUAUUGAAAGCAUAUUCCAUUUUAAAUAGCAAAGUCGGUUACUGUCAAGCUCAAGCACCUAUCGCUGCAUUUUUGCUGAUGCAUAUGCCAGCAGUACAAGCAUUUUGGUGCCUGGUUGCAAUAUGCGACAAAUACCUCAUUGGGUAUUAUAGUCAAGGGAUGGAAACAUUACUUCGUGACGGUGAUAUUCUCUUUGCUCUUCUAAAGAGAGUAUCUCCAAUCGCUUAUAAACAUCUGAAAAAACAGAAGAUGGAACCAAUUUUAUACAUGACGGAAUGGUUCUUGUGUGUUUAUACGCGGACACUGCCAUGGGAAAGUAUUCUACGAGUAUGGGAUAUGUUUCUUUGCGAAGGGGUUAAAAUCAUAUUUAAAGUAGGACUAGUAUUGUUAAAAGGCAGCUUGGGUCGUGCAUCUCUAGUGAAGCGUUGUCCAACAGUCUACGAAACACUGCAAGUAUUAAGGAAUCCUCCUCAGCACAUUAUGGAAGAAGAAGCAUUGGUGUAUCAGAUCCGAAAAUUAAACUUGACUGAAGAAGAUUUUGAAUAUGAGCAUCAACGUCAAGUGUUGAAACGAAAAGCAGCCGAACAGGCACCUUCUUCCACUGCCAAUCGGCCAGACUGAUUAAAU